UGCGAUACACAGCUUUUCUUCUUGAAAAGCUUUUAAAACAACUUCAAUAUGGCAGGCCAAAGCAAGAUCAUCGUUGGAGGAGUAAUCGGCGGAACAUCUGAACAAGAGCCAAAAGGAUUUCUUGAUUUACCGGUGGAACUCUACCAAAAAAUUAUUGGAAAACUGGAUUUACACGAGAGAUUUCGCGUACGAAAAAGCAAUCAAACUCUCCGCCAGUUCAUUGAUCAAAUGGAUCCUGCAAUUUCACAAAUCCGUGUGUCCAUUUCUGAUAGUGACAGUAAAGAAGUGAAGGUCACGUAUUUUCAUGAAUUCAAGGAGAAGCGCAAACAGUAUGAAGUUCACUAUCAGCAAGAAUCAAAUGACUGUGUCGUAUUGAAGAAUGCGAUGAUUGGGUUUCAAGAAGUGUUCGAGUUAUGGCAGAAAUGCUAAGCUCGUCGAUAUAUCCGGAUGUGAAAAACAUUUCUACUUGUGGACUUCCAUCUUCUCAAAUUGCUCAAAUUCUUCCGAGCUUCCAGGCUGGAAAGCUGGAAAAUCUGGAUUUAUACUAUUGUGGAAAACCGACGGCUGAAGAUAUGGAAACAAUUGUCAACUCUGAUCAGUGGAAAAAUGCAAAAAAUAUUAGCGGAUUUCGUGGUUUGAGUAAUAUUCGAAUCAAGGAUCUCCUUCAUUUCUCACUUGUUUGCGUCGAUUAUGCAACAAUUUCGGUGGAAACAGCUAUUGAAAUCAAGGAUAUUUUGUUGACUUCUAGUAACAUCAAGCAUGCAUAUUUCACCUCGAAAAGUGUCUUGGACGUCAAUGUUAUUCGAGUUUUUGAUCCGAAAGCAGCCAAAGUUCAUCGAAAAAGGAAUCUUUCCAAUUUGGUGCGAAACACGGAUUUUGCAGAUUUCACAUUUUCGAGCAACCAAAAAGUUCUCCGUUUCAAGAAGAAAAAUUAAUUCCCACUACUAGAACUGUCUUGUGUUUGAAUUGUGUAUUUUCAAAAUGAAGUGAUCAGAUUUU